UCCUGUUGGUGACGAUUCGAGAUUGCGAAGACUCCGGGAUUAUAAAAUUGUCGCAGUAAUGUUGUAACGAACAGUAUGUGGCAUUGUUUGUAUAUUUGGAUUAAUGAUGAAAUUCGGUUUAAAUCUUAUUGUUCUCAUGGAAAAGGACUAUCAUCAUCAACGUCUUUCAAAAAUGACAAGUGCCUUCUGUGUAACAGUGUCGGCUUUCAUUGCUUUCACUGCUCUCGGAUUUGCUGCCAAUUCAACAAACAGAAGUGAACCUCUCAGGAACUUUGAGAUGUUCAAUGCCGAUGGAAAGUUUGUUAUUGUUUGUGACGAGAAAGACAUUGUUUGCAAGCGAGAUAACAUUAGUCUUGAAGCUGUGUAUGAGAUACACCAUCUCAUAGAUGACGACCAAAAUGGCAAUGUUGACCAAUCAGAGAGCGAUGAGUUUAUGAGAGAUGAACUUCAAUACAAAGACGGCUCAAAUGAAAGGCUGUCCAUUUUCCAUGGCAAUGACAAAUUGAUAAGUGUGGAGGAUUUGUGGCGCGCAUGGAAAAAGUCACAAGUGUACAACUGGACAGUGGAGGAGGUCACUGAUUGGUUAGACAGACAUGUGGAGCUCAGCCAAUACAUAGCCACCUUCAAGUCGGCCAAAAUCGACGGCACCAUGCUACCAAGCAUUGCCAUUCAGAAUAACAACUUCACUAGGAAUGUCUUAAAGAUUAAGAAUGCCAUCCAUCGACAGAAGAUCUCUGUCAAAGCUAUGGAUCUCAUCCUGUUUGGGCCUCCGAAAGAUAAGCCUAACUAUGUGAAGGACCUGAUCCUAGUGACCUCCCUUUGUGUAGCUCUCUUGGGCUGUGGCAUUGCCUACUCCUUCCACAAGACCUCCAAAAACCAGAUGAAGAAAGUGAUGGAAGAGAUGGAGAACCUACAGAAGGCUGAGGACUCACUGAUGGCUCUUCAGGAUAAGCUGUUACAGGCGGAGGAGAAACAGAAAUCAGCUUAUCAAGAGAAAGAGACCCUAGAGAUGAGAUACCAGGAUGAAAUUGAUCUGGCAAAGAGAGAGGCAGAGAAACUUAGAAAAGAAAGAGAGGCAGGAAAACAAGAAGAGAACUCUGUGGUGUCUCUGGCAGAGAGGGAAUUAGAACAGGUGAGAGCAGCCCUGAGGAGGGCAGAGAAAGAACUGGAGAAGAAAGCUCACAGUGUACCACCUGAUCUCCAGCCAUGGCUGCAGCUGACGUAUGAAACAGAACAAAUGUACUUCCACAUCAAGAAACGAGAGGCAGAGAGACAGCUAGAUCAGGCCAGGGAGGAGUGUAGAAGAAUUCAGAAGAAGAGAGGAACUUUAUUUGGGCCGCUGAGGAUGGCUCCAAGUAACACCAUAGACGAGUUCGAUAAUAAGAUAGAAUGUGCCAGGCAAGCCCUGGAUGAGGUCAGGAAGUGUUUGACAGAGAAAUCCCAGAGGUGGCACCACAUAGAGCAACUGUGUGGCUUCUCCAUCAGCAACAACCCCGGCAAAGAGCACCUGCUGCAGACUCUGUAUAUGGACUCAGGUAGCAGUACUGUAGGCUUUAAUUCUGCACUGGGCAGCUUAAACGUGGAUGAGGCUGAACUAGAUGAAGAUCCACAGUUUGGCUUACAUCGGCCCAAGUCUGCAGCCAUGUAUUAUACGUCUUCGAUGGCAAAUGGUUUUUCACGUCCACCCCUGUACACAGGAUACCAAAUGCAGGUGCGACAACGCCCCAAAGCUUUAGUGGGUAGCAGUUCCUCGCUGGUCCGUAUGGGCUUUGCAGGCAGCAACAGUUCUCUGAGCCGCCCAGGGCAUGUAGGGGGCAGGGUGGGUGAUGCUUCUGUGUCCCCUGUAUCCCCCUUGUCAGAGACCACCAGUGUUAUUUCUGACUCUGACAGACCGCUGUUUAAUCUGGACGAGAGUUCCUCGGAAUCUCCCUCCUCCUCAGAGACAGAUAAACCUGUAGAGACGGGGCGGACUGAGGAUUCAGACUCGGACUCAAAAGGGACCAAGCACACCGAGCGCUCUAUAUCCAAUGGAAGCGGUGGGAGUAGUCAACCGCAGUCGGCCAGUAAGGAAAGAGAUAGUGUGGGUAAUUAUAGUCUACCCACAAGUUCACAGCUGAUCUCUCAAAACUCCAGUCCCGUUUUAAUGCCAAAGUCCCAGUCAGAGCUGAACAUAAAGAAGAUGUAUGUGAAGUCAGUAAGUGUAGAGAACAAUGGAAAGCUUGACCCAGAAAGACUGGAAAACAAGAAAAAACGAAAUCAGUUCCUCAAACUGUUAACGUUCAAAAAGAAAAAGUCAUAGCAAGAAAAGUGUGAGGAAUAUAUCUAGAUCUACAAAUCUGUAGGUUUUGUUGAGUGUCAGAGAAGCUCUCGCAUAAAAUGUAGCAUCGUCUUUUGUUCCAGCAUUCCAUAGCUGGAGGACAGUGAAUUUGAUCCAGGGCAACAUCACCCUGAGUGUUUAAGGAAGUUACAUCCAGGGUUGUUACACUUUAACCUUCAGUUUGAAAAAUCUGAAUGUUUAUCAUGCUUUCAUAUGCUUGUUCAUACAGAUUCUGCAAUUAUAGAUGAGAUUCUGUAGAGAUUUGUAUUAGUGGCCUUAAUUUGUAUUUUCUUGUACAUGUCAUGUAUGUUCAGUUGCUAAUGGAGAUAUUUUUAGAUAAUUUAUGGAAUGAAUUGUAAUGGUCAUAAUGUUUCAAAAACUUUUAUCAUGCAUAGAAUGCUUUAAGAAGAGAUGUUGGAUAUGUUGUAUUUUCUGUGGUUUAUCAAAGGUGCUCAUUAUUACAUUGAACACUGGCAGAAAUGUCUAUUGAGGGAAUUAAUUCCAACAAAUGGCGUCACAGAAAAGAUUUUUUCUUCUGCACCAUACCUAUCAUAUGCUGGGGCUUGAAGCAUAUUAAAAAUCUUAUUGAAAGUGUUGUGAGUAUUUCAGAUAGCAUGUAUUUUUUUAUUUGAAACUACAAUACAUUGCAAGCAGAAGUUUUGAAAAUCCUACAUCGUCUGUUAUGCCUCACUUCAAUUUCUUGUGAAAAAGAAGCUUUCACUUGAAAUUUUUUUUGUCUGUGUUUUAAUAUUUCACAAAAUUAUAUUAUAUGCACUUAACAUUAGAUUAAGAUGAAAUUUCCAUUUGAAAUCUAUGCAAGUGCUUUUUUCUUGAGAAUUUUACUGAACAAUUUCUGAGAAAACUUCAUGUGAGGUGAAGUUUUCUUUUUUACAACAAAUAGAAGAUGUGUGAUCUCUGAACAUUAAAAAGUUGAAGAGUUAUUCCCACUUUUUGAUGUAGCAUUUAUCAUUAUUAUUGGUUAAGUACUUUUGUAGCAAUGCAAGAAAGAUUCAGCAUUUGCUGUCAUUUUGUUUUGGCGUUUGGUUCUGCUGAGUUUAGAUUUUGACUGUCUAUCAAUAUGUGAAAUAUUUCACUCUAGUAUUCUUUACCAAGCAAGUGUUAAGUUGUGUUGUAAUUAGAUUAUUUAAUCAUUCUAAUCAUGUAAUGAAUACUAUAGUUAUUUUUUAAUUAGCUUUUGUAAAUGAUGCACCUAUUCACAACAGGUACAUUAUAUACAAUAAGAGAUGACAAAGUAAAAGUUUGGAUCAUGUCCAUGACAUUUCAUCAAAAGUGACAUCAGAAAAGUUUAAUUUCAAGUCAAAUUGACAUCAAUAUUAUUAUUAAAGAUAGUUAUUCAAUACAUAAUUCUGCAUGGCAUUUUAGAUCAAUCCCCACAUUUCAUCUUAAUUAUCCUAUAAAGUUAAAGAUCUUGAAGUGAAAUGUCAUGGAAUAUACGAGGCUAGAGAAAAAGAGAGAGUUGUGCCAAAUUCCUGGAGUGUUCUCAUUCCCUCUUUUACCCUGUCCAGCAUUGCUGGCUAUGGAUCCGUAUGGGGAUUCACCUUGUUUUUUGUCAACGAAUAUCAUGAUAUCUUUCAGCUGGGCUCUAGUUUUUGUAGUUAAGUAGACAAUCAUUUGUGUUCAUGUAUUUUGGGUGUCGUUUAGACAAAUGCAAUUGUAGAAAUUAGGAUGAAAUGUAUAACAUUCCUGCCAGGUACUAGUAUGUCAAUGCUUUAGUGUUGGGAUAGCUUAUUUUGAUUCCAUGCUUGAAACCUAUUCCCUUUCUUGUUUUUCCACCUGUCUGGUAUGAUUUUACCUGUUUAUUAAAUACAUUCCUUUGUCACCCUCUCUAGGAAACAUAAUUUGGGUCGCAUUUAUAUUUUUACCAAACGAUGGUCAUUUAUGUAUACCACCUCACUGGGAGAUUGUCAACAUUAAUACACCAAUACUGCAAUCAUAAGCUGAAUCUCGCCCUGCUUGUUUAGUGUUUUUUAGACCAAUGUUCUAAGUUGCUGAUACCCAUUUACAUCAUGUUCAUUAAUUGCCAUUUUCUCUCUCUGAUUAUAUCUAAAAGCUGCUUUUCUGUGAAAAAAUAAUGUUCUACACAAAAGGUGCAAUUAAACAAAAAACUGGUCUACAAAUGUACCUGUCUUGCCAUUGAUUGAAGUAAUUACAAUAUUACAGAAUGGAUUUGUUGGUGUUUUGUUUACAGAUUUAGUCAAUCAUUGUAUAGUGUGUACUACCUCUAGACUUGCUUUUUGUUCAGCCAAGCAUCUGUUGUACUGAUAGGCAUUGCUCUAAAUCUGCUUUAUGAAUUGAUGCUCCACAUAUUUACAUUGUGCUGAGUUCAUGGAACACGGUCCCCAUUCCUACAGCAUUGUUAUCAUAAGGCUAUGAACCUCAACACGACUUGGCACUGUUGGUAGGGCCCAAGGGGCGAAUAGUCAACACUGCUAUAACAUAUUAGGUCUUUUAU